AUGUAUGUUCAGCUUCGACGCGGAAGUCUCUUCAGGGUCUUGACAACUUUUCAGCACAGGGCUCCCAAGCAUUCGGUGACUUGGCAAAGCUUGUCGACAAGCUCGUUGAGUAUGGCGAGCCUCCAAUGGGGAGGCAGUAUUAAGGAACUAUUGCGAUCAACAAAGCAAUAUCUAAAGGGCGAUUAUAAGGUAAACUGACAUUUCGUACAAAUGAAUGAAAAAACUUAUUGCAUGUAUACUCAAGUUCCGCAAAAAAUUCAUAUUACGUCAACGUGAAAUCCAUAGUCAAGCAGCAAGAUCGGUCUCAUAACCCUCAUUAGUCCGAAAUUACAACAGAAACAGUCAAGCCUUAGCAAAUACUAUACGGACGCUGAAGCCCGAGGCAUUGUCCCUUGAAUUCAACGAAAAUAUAAGGGCUUUUUCAUGAGUAACUGCAUGCCUGAUCUUACACUUCGACCUUACUAUACUAUGAGUACAUAUCAUGCAAUCCAAAAAAUAGUUCCCGUAAACAAGAGAAGCUUACCUCAUAGAUACAGGGAAAACUCUUGCAUGGUUUAAAACGCAAGGACGAAUGUUGAGCUGUAUCACUUUAUUCUAAAAUUAUUUACGUAAUAAUAUCCAUCAUGGUACCUUUUGUUCUCAUUUUUAGUUUAUCGACCAUUAACCGAACAUGUUUAUUUAAAUUCAAUUUCUUGGAGCCGUUAUAGUAUUCUCCUUCACCAUUUUCUCUUGUUGGCCCUCAGGAUGGUAAUUUCGUUAGCCGAAAUGUUAGCCCUUUGCAGUUUUGCCAGACUGGCAUUCAGUUUCUUUUUUAAUUCUCAGAUCAAGUGACGUAUGGCAUUAGCAUCUCUGCAUUAGAGGUCCGGCAAGAAAGAACCAGUCGCGCUGAGUGGACGUCUGCAUUCAAGGGUUUUUGCUAAAACUAGCCUUGCAGUAAAAUAGAACUACAAUAAAAAGUUUAGUUUAUGACUGGGUUAAAAGGCAAUGGGCGCGCCGAGCUGAGACAAACUGACGGUUGUGCGUGCUUUGUUUUUAACAGGUGCAUUCAGUUGAGGCCUCAUUUGUUGCAGACCAUUGUCGAAUUUACGCCCUGAGUGAUCCAACCAACGAAGAAUACCGACGUACCUGGAACCAUGUGCACAAUGAUUCGUGUCCACAGUGCUCUCAAUUGCAAACCCUUUUGAGUACACUAGAGCGAAAGUGUUCUAGUGAACAACUUUCGGAGGACGAUAGGGCUGAAAUGCUUCAUGUUUUUCGUUAA